AUGGAGGGCUACGACCGCCACAUCGACUCCGUCGACGACCUCCUGGGCGUCCUCGAGUCCGUGCGCGCCGCGGCGGACGUCGUGCGGGACAUCGACCGGCGCCUCGGCGCCGCGCGGGCCGCCUACGACCGGGCGACGGCGUCCUACGGCCGGUCCAUCGAGAAGCGCCGGGCCAAGUCGGCCUUCGACGGCGCCUGGGACGCCGUCGCCGACGCCCUCGCCGCGACGGAGGAGGACGCCGCGGACGCCGCGGGCGCGCUGGGAGCCGUCGAGCGGUGCGCGCGCGAGGCGCACGGACGCUUCGCGGGCGAGUUCGACGACCUCCGCAUGAACCUGCCGUCCUGGCUCGCCGAGGGCCGCGACCGCCUCAUCAAGUCCCAGCUCGACGGCGGCCGCGGCGCCGCGGCGAAGCUCUCCGCGAAGCUCCGGCCCAAGCCGGGCGACGCGUCGGAGACGGAGGACGAGGCGUCGGCCCUGCCCGCGGGCGCGCGGCUCCUCUCCUUCUCCGCCGUCGCCAAGGCCGAGACCGACGCCGCCUUCUUCGCGCCGCCCGACGAGGGGCUCCACGACUCGGACUCGGCGUAA